AUGACCCUCAAGGAGGAGUUUGCGACAAGGAACUUCAGUAGGUUCAAGCCUUGGCUCGGCAUACUGUCCAUGAUCCUCUGCUUUGCGCUCGGCAUUGCCAACAUCUUCACCUUUAACGUGGUCAUCAUCAUCUUCUGUGCCCUCUGCCUCGCAUCCGCCUUUGUCAUCUUGUUCGUCGAGGUUCCCCUGCUGCUCCGAAUCUGCCCUACUUCAGCCUCGUUCGAUGCUGCGAUCCGCAAGGUUUCGACCAACUACACCCGCGCUGCCGCCUACGGCAUCAUGGCCGCGCUUCAGUUCAUCAGCACCGUUAGUCGCGUCACUAGUCUGAUCGCCGCCGGCAUCGUCCUCGCCUUGACCGCCAUCUGCUACCUCUUGGCUGCCGUCAAGGGCCAGGCUUUUGUCGGAAGCAAGACCCUUGGUGGGCAGGGCGUUGCGCAAAUGAUUGUGUAA